GUCAAUGUAUGUGUUGGAGCCUUUUGCCUCUUCUGCGUCUCCUGGCCGCAGGGGUCGCUGUCUCCCAUAUUGACGUGUUGCGCUGCAAGGUGCUACGUCACCACAUUUCGCCGAACAAGAUGAGCGUACAAAUCUCUCAUAUCACCGCCAGCAUCUGACGCGACAUGAGGGAAGUGGCUCUCCUGCUUUCACCCUGUGUGCUCUUCUUCCUCCUGCUGAGCUCCUGCCAGACAGCCAGACAAGGACAAGACAUCCGAUGUGGAGCUUGCAGGGCUCUGGUGGAUGAGAUGGAGUGGGCCAUCUCCCAAGUUGACCCCAAGAAAAUGAUCCAGACCGGCUCCUUUCGAAUCAACCCAGACGGCAGUCAGUCCAUCAGGGAGGUUCCUCUGGCGCGCUCUGAGGGAAACCUCCUGGAGCUGAUGGAAAGCGUAUGUGAGAGGAUGGAGGACUAUGGCGAGCACACAGACGCCGCCAGCAACAGGAAGUCAUACAUUCGGGUCAAAUCUCGCAACGGUGAAGCCAUGGACCUGUCAGAGGCAACGCUAGACUCAAGAGUCACCGCCAGUUUAAAAUUUGCAUGCGAAGCCAUUGCUGAGCAGCACGAAGAUGAACUCAUCGAGUUCUUCUCUCAUGAGACAGAAAAUGUCAAAGACAAACUCUGCAGCAAGCGAACAGACCUUUGUGACCAUGCUCUGAAAAUCCCACAUGAUGAACUUUGACAUCCUCACGCCAUGGCGACCGUCUCCCCUCAGCUGAUAAUGGCCGGGUCACGCCAUGGCAGUGGCGACGAAGGUGAAAGAUGUAGUCAUGUAUGAAAAUUCCAUAGAUUCCAUAUCCUCAGAAGAAGUUGCAUCAUUCAUGGAGAAUAGGGGGUUUGCGUUAAUAUAUUUUUUUUCAAUUCAUCAUCCCUUAUAUCUCUACCUCACGGUCAGUCUCUCUCUUGAAUUAGAUUAGCACAUUAUUUUUACUGUGAAACUGUUCAAAUUUAGUUGCGGGAUUUUUCAUGAAGUACACUGCCUGCUUUAGAAUGUUUAUGUUAGAAAUAGAACAUAAAAUAUUAUAAUCCUUUGAGAUGUAGAUAAAUUCCUUCCCAGGCUCUCCGAUCUAAAUUAUGGGACUUUUCUUCCUGAUGUAAAUUAAGCAACUAGGUACUGUACGCCCGCAGUUUGUCCCUCCUCGAAAGACAGAAAAAAAGAAGCUUCACUGUUGAAUUCAUGUUUCACAGCUGAUCGCACUCGCCAAAUAUUUUGCUGUCAGUUUUCUAUUUUCACCUGUAUGAACAACCCAGUUUUUAUAUAAACUUUGUCAGAUUUCUGCA